UGCUCGGGGUUCCGGGACGCUCCGAGGAUGGUUCUACGACGGCUGCUGGCCGCCCUGUUGCACAGCCAGCAGCUGGUGGAGCGUCUCUCUGAGUCGCGGCCCAUCCGGCGUGCGGCGCAGCUCACCGCCUUUGCACUGCUGCAGGCCCAGCUACACGGGCAGGACGCGGCCCGGCGCCUGCGAGCCCUCGCGGCAGGGGCCGCGGGCUCUCUGGGCCGCCGCGGUGCCCGCUUCAGAGACACCUUCAUUCAGGAGCUACGCCGCAGCCUCCGGGAACGCCCGCGGCCACCACCAGGUAGCCAGAAGGGCCCGGGAGCAAACCCCUAAACCCAGGCCAGGCCGAGUCGAGGUCGCCUGCUUUCCCUUCUGGGCUCGACACCGGCCUCGGCGUUAAGAAGUCAUCCCGGACACUGCUCACGGCUUGGAAUCCUGACUCAGAUGGUCCGCCUACAGAGGUCCCGCUCAUCAGAGAGCCCAGGCCAAACCGACACCCCUGGUGAAGGAAGACCUGUGAUCGGACGGGACACGGCGUAUGAGGAAAGCCCCCGAAGCCUGACAGAAGUAAAGAUAGGCUGGGCCCUGCUACACCGCGCGGGCAGAGAGCCAUGGACCAAAGUACAACCGGAAAGAGGGUCUGCCCUCUGAAAUGGGACUAAAACUAGUGAUGGAUGCUGCACUGAUAUAGCAGGACACUACUUCCAGGGGAGAUCCUGGAUGAAAAGACAAUCCUGCAGUUGCCAAAAUCCUCUGAUUAAAUGUGUGAGCUGAGUAAUGGG